AUGGGUGAACUAGCGUUUAGCCCCGAGCCUUGGGUUGCCUCUCCUUGUCCUUCGUGGAUCGGGGGGUUCAGGCGGCGGUGUAGAUACUAUCCUACCAAGCAAACUGUGACUGCAACUGCCCGCAUUUGCAGGUGGACUGUUGUGCACCCAUCGGAGUUUGGAGGGAGGAAGAGAGUGUCUCACUGGCAGAAUUUGAUCGACCAUCUGAGGCUGAGGGGAUCAGACUAA